GUCUGCCUGAGGCCCGGAACUUUGGUGCCUGGGCGCAGCGGUGCACCCGGACCCGGAACAUUCUCAGGCGAAAGCGUCUCUUGCGUGCGUGGGCCGGAGGUUAGUGUGCGGGGCCCGCCGGACGGUUGAAAAGUCCGAGAGAAUCAGAAUGGAGGCCGUGGCGACGGCGACGGCGACGGCGGCGAAGGAACCCGAUAAGGGCUGCACAGAGCCUGGACCUGGGCACUGGGGUGAGCUGAGCCGGACACCAGUCCCAUCUAAACCCCAGGACAAAGUGGAAGCAGCUGAGGCAACACCAGUGGCCCUGGACAGUGACACCUCCGGGGCUGAAAAUGCAGCAGUGAGUGCUAUGCUGCACGCUGUAGCCGCCAGCCGCCUGCCUGUUUGCAGCCAGCAGCAGGGUGAACCCGACCUGACAGAGCAUGAGAAAGUGGCCAUCCUGGCCCAGCUGUACCACGAGAAGCCACUGGUGUUCCUGGAGCGCUUCCGCACAGGCCUCCGUGAGGAGCAUCUGGCCUGCUUUGGCCACGUGCGUGGCGACCACCGUGCAGACUUCUACUGUGCUGAGGUGGCCCGGCAGGGCACUGCCCGGCCCCGCACCCUGCGUACCCGCCUGCGUAACCGGCGCUAUGCUGCCCUGCGAGAGCUGAUCCAAGGGGGCGAGUACUUCAGUGAUGAGCAGAUGCGGUUCCGGGCCCCCCUGCUAUAUGAGCAGUACAUCGGGCAGUACCUCACCCAGGAGGAGCUCAGUGCCCGCACCCCAACCCACCAGCCCCCCAAGCCCGGGUCCCCCGGGAGACCUGCUUGCCCGCUCUCCAACUUGCUGCUCCAGUCCUACGAGGAGCGGGAGCUACAGCAGCGUCUGCUCCAACAGCAGGAGGAGGAGGAGGCCUGCUUGGAGGAAGAGGAAGAGGAGGAGGACAGUGAUGAGGAAGACCAGAGGUCAGGCAAGGACUCGGAGGCCUGGGUUCCCGACUCAGAGGAGAGGCUGAUCCUGCGAGAGGAGUUCACCAGCCGCAUGCACCAGCGCUUCCUAGAUGGCAAGGACGGGGACUUUGACUACAGGUGCUUCUGUGCCUCCACCUCCCCAUCCCCCAGCCCAGCAUCCCACGGCCUUUGGUCACAUGCACAGCCCUUACCAAGCUGUGGGGGUCUCCCUUUGUGGAGCUACAAGGCCCUAAAACAGUUCCAGGAUGUGGAACCCAGCCAAAGGAAGAGGCGGGGUGACCUUGGACUAGCCUUGUCCAUCUCAGACCCUCAGUCUCCUCACCUCCAAGGCAGGGGGUGGACAGGGAUGACAUAUAGCUCAGUAUCAAUGAAACCCUGAAACACUUCCCUCCUGGCAAUGGCAGAGGCUACUACCCCAAGCCCCCCAAGUCUCCCUAGGAAGCCCAACCUCUUCCGCUUCACCUUGGACCUCCUCAUGCUGCACGAAGUAACCCCUGGCAAGGUUCAUGCCCGGCAUGGAGCGGCCUGCACUGGCUGCCCCGACAGUUACAGUUGUUCAUUUCUCCAGUAGCACCCCAGGGCUGAGACACAUGGGCCACCUGCUUUGGAAAAGGACCCAGGAGAGUGAUGUGUCAGUCAAAGAUUGGUUUUGUCAUUUAAGGUAGCUUUGCCUUGUGGUCCCAAACACUGGGCCCAGCAGCAGAGGACCCUCCUUGGUUUCACAUCCAGCCCCGAUGACAUGUGAAAUGUGUGACCACACAUAAGCGGACCCUACGUCCGUCCUGAGGUGGGCUCAUCAGGAAAGUGGGAAUUGUGAUUGCCCCUGCUGUGGGGCCCAGCCAUGGUCACCAGAGCCUCCUCCCAUUCUGGGAUCCCUGGCUCUUGAAUGGAAUCUGGCUGCUCCACUUCCAGCCAGGCAGGCCUGCUCAGAGCCCCAGUUCCUGCACGCAAAGUGGUGAGCAGAGGGCCUGGACCAUGGGGACCCUCAUUUAGCAGGCAUCACUGCUGUUCCCAAGCCAGGGCCCAGGAGGAAAUUGGGGGUGGCAGGGACCACAGUGUGUUGCCUCGGGAGGGCAGCAGUGGCCCCGAUGUGUCCCCCAUCCGUGCAUUCAGUUGGCAUGUGCUGAGCAUAUGUGAUGUCCACAGGCUCUGGGGAUAAGGUGGGGACCAAAACCAACGAAAGGCUUCCCUGCCUGCAAAGGGGUCCCACUCUAGUGAGGAAGAUCUAGAAUUUUCUAGCACUUCAUGGUGAUGGGGCCAUGAGGAAAAGUGAAGCAGUGGGAGGGGAGUGACAGGGUGGCUAGGGAAGGCCUCUCUGAGGGGCUGACAGCAAAGGCCUGCAGGAAGUGGGAGGAGCAUUCCUGGCAGAGGCCAUAGUAGGUGCCAGAGCCCCCAGCAGCACUGAGGGGUAGAAGGGGCUGGAGCAGUCGCAAGGGGUCGCAAGGGGGUAGGAGAUCUCUGAGUGGCCAAAUCAAGCUAGGCUUGGCGACCCGAGUGCUGCUGGGUUUACUUGCUGCCUUAGGGCAUGGGCAGCUGUCCUGCCUGUGGUCAGCUCUGGCUAAUCCCGGCCUCUAUCCACUGGAGGGCAGUAGCAAGCCCCCAGUGAUGACAUCAAAAUGUCAAAAUGCCGUGGGGGCAAAAUUACCCCCAAGUGGUUCUUUGUUGAGAGCCACUGCCUGCUUGAGAAUGUAAGCCCAUGUGUUGCCACAUUUUACAGCUUUUUAAGAAAAACUAGAGCUUUGGGGGUUUUUUUAGACAGGGUCUCCUUUGUCACCCAGGCUGGAAUGUGGUGGUUUGAUCAUAGCUCACCGCAGCCUUGACCUCCUGGCCUGAAGUGAGCCUCCCGCCUCAGCCAACUGAGUAAGCUGGGACUACAGGUGCUCACCACCACGCCUGACUACUUUUUCAAUUUUUUUGUAGAGACAGGGUCUCCCUUUGUUGCCCAGGGCUCCAACUGCUGGGCUCAAGCCAUCUUCCUGCCUUGGCCUCCCAUAGUGCUGGGAUUGCAGGCAUGAGCCACCAUGCCCAGCCCAGAGUUUUUGUGCAAACUCUGAUUUGGGAAAUGUUUCCUUGAGUUUUAAACCCUGAGAGUUUUAAACACCAUCUCCCUUGGGAGGGUCAGCUCUGACGGCUGCCAGCACAUGGCCUUUGACAUCAGGGCGCCCCAGGCCUUUGACCUGGGCAUCCGAGGGUCCCAGGGAAACCCAGUCCUUGACAGCCUCCUCCCCCUGCAGCACAGUAGACGACAACCCCGACUUCGACAACCUCGACAUCGUGGCACGGGAUGAGGAGGAGAGGUACUUUGAUGAGGAAGAACCUGAGGAUGCACCCAGCCCAGAGCUGGAUGGGGACUGAUGGCCGCCACCCUUCCCACCGCCUGCCCCAUCCCCAACCCCAACAAGGCAGCUGAUUCCAGGCCUGCUCAGUGACCCUUUCUCUAGGGGGACAUCAGGGCAGUGCCCCACAACCCACACACACCACCAUCUCACUGGGUCUAGUCUCAUCUCAGACAAACCCCACCCCCACUGUCCCACCCUGUCUCCUGCCUCUGUCUUUCUUGGUGUCUGUCUGGGCUUCUUUCUGUCUCUUUCUGUCUUUCUGUCUCUCUCCCUACCCCCGCUCCCUCUUUCCAGUGCUCUGGCUGGCUGUCUCUCCCUUUCUCCCCCUCUCUCUCUGCCUUAGGCUCUGUCUCCACCGCAGGGCCCAAGGUGAAAGUCCUCCCCUUGCCGGAGGCCAGCUGGCAGGGCCUUUCGUGGCUGGAAGUGGCCAGUUUGGUUCCGGUGCUGACCCCUAGGCCCCAGCGCAGCUGCCUCCCGUGCUGUCUGUCUCCCCCUCUCUGUUUAUGUCUGCGCUGUGUCUCACACUCAGAGCCUCCUUGCUUCUGUUAGGUUCCCAUCUCUCCUUCUGCCUCACUCUGGGCCUCUUCUUUCUACUUGUACAUUUCCACCUCUCUAGGCCUCUGCUGUCACUGUCCCUCUCUGUCUGUCUCUCAGCCUUUAUCUCUGGGUUUUGAUCCCCCGCUCCAGGCUCUGGGCCCCUUUUUCCCCCUUCCCUCAAACCUGGCUGCUAUAGGCAGCAGAACCCUGACCACUGAGUAAUACAGCCCCAGGGGAGGGAGGAGACCCCAGGCAGGGAGGAUGGGGGCAGCUCUCUUCUCUCCCCAGGACCCAGGCUGUGGAUCACGGGGCCUGCCAGCUUGAGUGUAGAGGGAGGGGGGACUCUACCCUUCUCAGCCCCACCAGCCCCCCUCUGCCCAACCACAAUUUUCCCUUCCUCCGCCUUCCUCUCCCUCUCCUGUUUACACUCCCCAAAUGCGCACAGGCUGUUAUCAUGGGUCCUGAGUCAUCCCACACACAGCCUGCCCCAGCGUCCCUGCCCCCAGCUGGCCGCAGGGCCCGCCCCAUGGAGCCCCCUGCCGCCCUGGGCUAAUGGGAGCCAGAUGGCCGCCUGGUGACUCAGCCACCGGGCCUGUGGGAACCCAGGCGUCCCGCCUUCCCAUGCCCCCACACCCGGCUCCUGCUCCCCCAGCAGACACACACAGGAGGGCCUGGCCACUGUUGAGGGGGCACACAGGGCAAGGGUCAGCAAGUCGGGGCCUAGGGACUCCUCAUGCCUCUGAGAUGGAAUGGUGGUAUCCUGCCAUGGCCGAGCCUGAAGGACCCUCAAAACUGCCUCCUGGAGUCCACGGUUCCUGACCUCCAAGCCUCAGCUAUGCCCUCUAGGUCAACCAGAAUUAGAGCCAGACAGGGAAAGUGAGAGCUGGAUGGAGGCAGACAAGAUGCUCAGAGCGACUAUUAAAGAACGAAAGCCUCUGCUACGGAGCGCUUCUGUCCUCUCUCAGGCCCGAGCGAAGUGCCUGACACUGGGUUGGAUUCUCAGAUGGCCCCAUGAACUAGUGAAGUGGGUCAAGGGAGGCCCGGAAAGAUGUUGCUUCCUCAAGGCCACUCGGCCAUCAGAGGCAGAAAUGAAACAGGAACCCAGGCCUAGAAUCACAAAGGUCCUAGAAACCACUUGGCUGUCUGGCCUCUCAGGUGUCAGGGCCAUCCAGAGUGAGACAGCAUUGGAGGGACAAGUGUGCACGCAGAUGUCCUCAGACGGAAAGGUUUGAGAAGGGUCAGAUGGUAGGCGGGCCUAACAAGGGCUCCGUGCUAGCCACUGUCCCGCACACAGACAGGAUCAGGUCAUCUUGAUAUGGAGAUCAGUCCCCAAAUCACUGAGUUGUCCCAGCAGUGCUAUGCGCUAGGUACUACCAAUAUCACUCCUCUAUUUCCCAGAGGAGGAAGCAGCAGCUAGACUCCAGGACCUUGGGGUCAUACCUCUCAGAAAGCCAAGAGUGCACGAUGAGAGCUGUCUGUCUCUUACCUGCCUGUAUUUGUGCCCCCUUUUUAAGAGCAGAGGGCCUGGGCCACAGGAAAGGUAUCAGCCCUUGGUGAUAGGCACAUUUUUUACCAGUCUAUCAUUUGGUCAUUAAAUUUGUUUACGAUAUA